UUAAGAACGCGCAAAGCGAACCAGUCCGCUCCGUUUUUGGCACGCAAUCGAAACCAAAUCGAAGUUUCGAAUAAUCUCCGCGAAAUUGAAAUCAGAAAUCUCAUUGCCGCCGUCGAGGUAUGAUCAAAGUAAGGCUAGCGAUGUCUGUUUGGCAUCUGCUAUUAUUCGUGAGCUGCGUUCCAGGAUUUGUAAUAUCAGCUGUCGUAACGCUUGAUUCGAUUAAAAUUUAUAAUUCUCACGAAUGGCUAAAGACUUCAAAGCCAAUCGUAUAUUUCUCUUGUAAAGGAGAGAAGAAGACCCGAUUGCCCGAUGUCAAGGAAGUUAAUGUUUCUUAUGCUUUCAAAGGCCAAGAAUCUUGGCAGCCUCUAACAGAACUUCCAAGUAAGAAGUGCAAGCGGUGUGGGUUCUACGAGGAAGACAAGUUGAAAUCUGAUGAUGUGUUUGAUGAAUGGGAAUUUUGUCCUUCCGAUUUUGUGGAUUCUGAUGGAAAAUAUAGGCGAAUUAAGGAUAGGGAAUUUGAUGCUACGUUCUUGUGUCCGCAGUGCGUGCCUCUAGCUGCUGAUUCCAACACUGCCUCAGGCUCGCAUGAUAGACCGAAGAAGGGAAUGCAUGUUGCAGUGGUAAUAUUGAUCAGUGCUCUGGUUUCAACUGUAUUGAUUAUUGGGAUAGUGGUAGCCUUCAAGUACUGGCAAAAAAAGAAAAGGCAGCAAGAACAAGCUCGAUUCUUGAAGCUAUUUGAAGAUGGGGAUGAUAUUGAGGAUGAACUGGGACUUGGCACUGUAAUAUGAUGAAUGAUAUUAACUCGUUGUCAUCUGUAAAUUAUGUUUACUUUAUACAAAUUUUGGAUGGUGUUAUACUGAA